UUUAAAAGUUAUAAUUAGUGUUGUGAAAUAUUUGUAACAAUAAAAUUCCGUUCGAUUAUUCGUUCCGUUAGUAUUAGGUUUCGUCAGGAUUGACCUUUUACUAACAAACAAAAUCCUGACCAAUAUACGUUAUUCGUCGUCGUUAUCAGUAUCCAUUUUCAUCAGUUGUUUUUCUGCUUUCGUUCUUCUAACACCUGUUAACCGGUUUUUCAUUAUCUUUGUGAUAUUUGUUAUAAGUUUUACCACAAUCGAAAUUUCGGUCGUCCGUCUCACAAUUAAUAUUUCGCUUAUGGUUUUGUUUAAUUUAUGCUAUGUAAGCGUGUUCGAUGUACAACGUUUAUUGUGAAAGUCCGACAGAAUAACAAUACUAUUAUGUUUGGAUAAUCAACACAUUGCAAUAUCGCCAAAGCGCUUGGGUUAUCGAAUCGUGAGGAAUUCUUUUUUUUCGUAUUAUUAUUGUGUAAUACGAUUGCCAGUGCGAUUUUUAAGCAGAUUGCGUGUACGAUAUAUACGCGUGAUGAAAUUCAUAUCGCUUUUCCGCCGAAACCACAACCAGGGUAGCCCUUCCGAGGGGGUGAGGCCCUAUCAGCAACCCCCUGUGACAAUGGAAUCAGCUGUUUUCCCGCCAAACAACAAACAGCCAAAAGAAACGGAUAAACUACAACAACAACAGCAGCAGCAGCAACAACAACAGAAACUGCCAAAAGAAGCCAUGGACAGCCGUGGUGCUACGGCCGUCGGUUUGUCCCCGACUAAUGCAAUCGACAGAACUGAAAAUGUAAAUGAUUAUAUUGAGGAAUUGGAAAAACUGCGCAUAGAAGUUGGACUGUUAAAAGAACAAAGGGAUGAAGCUGAACGUAACCUAGCAAUGCAUAUAGAAAGUACACGUAAUGUUUUGUCAUGCACUUCUAUUUCCAACAAUAAAACUGAUGAUCGACGGAGGUAUCCGAGCUCAGCUCCUGCUUCUAUAGCUCCUCCAAAUUCAGCUAGUCAGGAGUUACUAGAUACUCAAGACUGGGAUAAGAAUUCUAGUUCGGUUAGUGAGGUUUCUUUGGCAUGUUUACAAGAUAGAAUUGUGCAAAUGGAAGAAACCCAUUACAGUACCAAUGAAGAAUUACAAGCAACUCUUCAAGAAUUAGCUGAUCUUCAGUCUCAGCUGUAUGAUCUUCAACAUGAUAAUGAACGUUUGGGUAAAGAAAAAGGUGUAUUGUUGGAAUCAUUAUGUCAACAGACAGAAAAAUUAGAAGAUGCUCGCACUAAAGUUGAUGCUUUACAAGGAUUAUUUCUUGUACCUGGUUCUAAUCCUCCAUCAUCUGUCACUGAACGGGAAGAAAAAUUGGUCGAACUGCUUAAAAGUGGACAAGCAGAACGUGAAAUAUGGUUAACUAAACAAGAAGAGCUUAAUGCCGAAGCAAAUGAAUCAAGACGAACACUAGAAAAUGAAACUAAAAAAGCUAAUCAACUCUUAGAGAGAGUGAGAUUUUUGGAAUGCACUGUUGAUAGUAAAACUGCAGAAGUUAAACAACUUGAUGAACAGCUUGCUCUUAGUAAAGAAGAGAUAUCUUCAAAAAAUAUUGAAAUUAACCAUAAUCUCAUGUUGUUGGACAAUGCUAGAGCUAAGAUUGAAGAAUUAGAAGCAGCUAGAGAUAAAUUAGGUGAUAAAUCUGAGUUGAAUGAAUUAUUAAAUCAUGCAAGACGUGAAAAAGACAAUUUGGAAAGUCAAUUAGCAUCAAUGCAAGAACGUCUUCAGCGUGCUUUUUGUGAAAUUGAUCGACUGAAAGAACAAUUGACAAAUUCUAAUGAACAAUAUACCGUAGCUAGUAAUAAUGCUAAAUCUGCAAUUAUAGACCUACAAUGGCAAAGAGAUAAGUGGCAUGAAGAAGUUGCUUCAUUAACAUCAGAGUUAAAAUCAGCCAAAGAAGCAGAAGCUGAAUCCCAAAGCUUAUGUCAGAAAUAUGUUGAAGAAAAAAGGCAGCUUGCUGAUGUAUUAUCUGAAACUCAAAUGUGUUUAGCAAAUGUACGAAAAGCUCUCGAAGAAGAAAAAUCAGAAAUGCAUUCUGAAAGAAAAGAAUGGCACCAAUUUAAAGAAGAUUUAUUAACAACUGUUAGAGUUGCUAAUGAUUAUAAAGAAAUUGUAGAAAAAGAUAUGGAACAGAUUAUAUCAGAAAACAAACGUCUUCGUGAAAAAGUAAAAACAUUAGAAGCUCAACUUGAUAAAUUAAGACAUAUGGAUAAGCCUAGAGCUUUAACAUGUAGUGCUAAUUCAAUUCUUAACCCAGUUAUUAUUGGACAUGAGAUAAGCCGUCGUAAUAGUCAUUCUAAACUUUCUCGUCAAGAUAGCCAACUGUCUGUUAAAACAUUGAUUGAAAGUAUUGAAAAUGCUACUAAGCAAGCCAAAACUGCGGAAUUUACUCGAAGCAAUUCAACAUCAAGUUUAAAUGGCUUAGGUCAAAAUGAAAAUUCAAAUAAAUCAUCAAGAGACUGUGAAUUUAAAACUCCACUCCGAGAACAAAAUUGUCUGUCAGGAGACAAAAAUACAAUUUCUGCUUGCGAAGAAACUGAUCCAAUUAAGAAGUGUCAAAAUGAAGACUACCGUUCAAAUGGAUCAAUACUUUCUUCAUCACGUAACAUAGAUACAUUUGCUCGCCUUGGAGGUGCAACUGAAAUACCCGAACGUCGUGAUCCUCUUCAAGCACUUGUGAAAAACGGUGGUUCUAAACGCAAUGCCUUACUUAAAUGGUGUCAAAAUAGAACAAUUGGAUAUCCAAACAUAGAUAUAACUAAUUUUAGUAGUUCAUGGAAUGAUGGACUAGCCUUAUGUGCUUUAUUACAUACUUACUUACCUGAUCAAAUACCAUAUUCAGAAUUAACUCCAACUGAAACAAGACGUAAUUUUACUGUAGCAUUUGAAGCUGCUGAAUCAGUUGGUAUACCAACUACUUUAAACAUCAAUGACAUGAUAUCUCAAGAACGUCCAGACUGGAACCUAGUGAUGACUUAUGUUACUGCUAUAUAUAAACAGUUUGAAACAUGAUCAGAUUUUGUCUGCAGCAUAGUACAUAGCAUUGUAAGACUGAUGAUAUAACCAAUCUUAAGAUUUGGAUUGUUCCUAAUGCAAGACAAUGUGUAAGACUUCUAGAUUAUAACUUUAUGAAUUCUAUACUAUGUAUAUCAAUAUUUUUCACCAAAAUUGUAUUUUAAUAUCAAAGUGCCCACCUACAACAAGUGUUUUCUAGAAGUUAAAUCUAGUCACUUGAAAGUGUAUUUA